CAAUCGCGGGAAGGAGUUUGUGGCGCCUGGGCCAAGUAGAUCCGACUCGCUGUUACCGGGUUCUGAAGUGUUCGGAGAGCUCACCGCGCCGAACCUUCUGGCCCCUGGCCUGACUGAGGCGAAAAACAUGUGGAAUAGUGGGUUUGAAAGCUUUGGCGGCAGCGGCUAUGGCGGAGCCGGCGGCUACACUCAGUUCCCGGGGGGCUUCGGGUCACAGACGCCGUCGCAGGCCGAAAAGAAAUCGAAAACCCGAGCCCAGCAGAUCGUCCCCUGUACUAUAUCUCAGCUGCUUUCUGCCAGUGUCAUAGAUGACACAUUCAAAAUCGGGAAUGUUGAAGUUUCACAGGUCACUAUUGUAGGAAUAAUCAGACAUGCAGAAAAGGCUCCAACCAAUAUUGUUUACAAAGUAGAUGACAUGACUGCUUCACCCAUGGAUGUUCGUCAGUGGGUUGACACCGAUGAUGCCAGCAGUGAAAACCCUGUGGUUCCUCCAGAAACGUACGUGAAAGUGGCCGGCCAUCUCAGGUCUUUUCAGAACAAAAAGAGCCUUGUGGCUUUUAAGAUCAUGCCCUUGGAGGACAUGAAUGAGUUCACCACACAUAUUCUGGAAGUAGUCAACGCGCACAUGAUGCUAAGCAAGUCCAGCAGCCAGCCCUCAGCAGGAAGGCCCUCUCUUGGCAAUCUAGGAAUGAGCGACGCGGGGAACUUCAGUGGGAAUAGCUUCACGCCCUCCAAUGGCCUCACUGCGGUUCAGAAUCAGGUGUUGAACUUGAUUAAGGCUUGCCCAAGACCUGAAGGAUUGAACUUUCAGGAUCUCAGGAACCAGCUCCAGCAUAUGCCUAUAGCCACAAUCAAGCAAGCUGUGGAUUUCUUAAGCAACGAGGGACAUAUUUAUUCUACUGUGGAUGAUGAUCACUUUAAGUCCACAGAUGCAGAAUAACUGGAUCCUCUUGGGCUUCUGAGAUAUUGCCAGCUGGACCUAGUUUUUUCUCGCUGUUCCAGCUGUGCAUGUUUAGCCAGGUGACUUCUAGGAAGGAAGUGCUGAUGGCCUCCUGCUCUCCAUUUUUGUUUAGAAACUAAAAGGAAAAUGAGCACUUGACAGGGAGGUAAACCAAGGUGGAGUUCUUUAAAGAAAUUUGAGAAAAGCUUCCGGGACAGAUAAGCAUAUAAGAGAAAUGCUGCAGAGAGAAUAGGGCAGUAUUAAUCCUCCGGGCUUUCUUAAAACAUGCUCCUGUUGAGAUGAGCCAGACCAGGCAGGGCCUGCCUGUGGGUGGAGAACUUGCUGACAAACCCACUACCUUCUACCCUAUUUUGGUUCCUCUGGUUCUGUAACAUUACUUUCAAGAUUGCACUUUCCUUCCUUUCUUGCCUUAUAUGUUGCUGUUAAGUAGGUUUGUGUAAACAUGAGGUUCUAGAUUGGGGUGGCCUCCAGGGAAGAGGAAAGGAAGAAAUGUUACUAUGUUUUGUA